AUGGCGGACGGCGGAGAAACGGGGAAAAGAGAGGGGUCGCGCGACAGAGGGAGCUCUGGUCCUAUUUUUAGGCUAGAGGGCUUGGAGGCGACGCAAAUGAGCUCUGGGGAAGGUCGGACCAGGCCAGAGGCGCUUGUCGGCAAGGUGGCGGCUGGAGGGGCGGCGCUGCGCAUGGCGGGGCGGCAUGGCAAGCGCCCAAGUGUCCAGGGACACUCGGCCUCCACAGUGCCGCCACCAGGCUCUGCCUCGACGCCCCCGCACCACCAGUUCGCCGCGCUGCCACCAGUCUUCGCUGCCUCCGCCUUGUGGCUGCCGCCCCGUCGUCCGCGCGCCGCCGUCUCUGCCCCGGCCUCCUUGGACGACGACCCCGCCAAGCCGAUCACCGGUGCGCCGCCGUCCUUCGCCCCCACGCCGCCUUCUGCCGCAUCGUCUUCGCCGCCCCCAGUCUCCACUGCGCGUCACCGCGCCGCCAUCUCCGCCUACACGCCACCGCACUCUCCGCUGUACGCCGCCGCGCCGCCAGCUAUGCUUCAUCCAGGGCCGCCGCCCUUCCCCCGCAGUGCCAAGAUGAAUGCAUCAAAGAAGAAGUACAACCACCACCUUGGGGCUGGCGGGUACAAGAAGGCAGUUAAGAAAUGGCAGAAGAUGGAGUAA